AUGGAAGUGUACAUUAACCAGAUACAAUCAUCUAGUGGAGCCUACGAAGAGUCCUGCACACAGUGCGAAUUGUUAGAUGGCGCCGCCACGUUGCAGUGCUAUUGCACAGGAACAUUCGCCAAUGAGAGUGGUAACUCGACAUUGAACCUGGAGGAAUAUAUUGCCAAUUACGACGGUCAUCUUCUCUCCAGUCUCGAGGGGACACCGAGCGUCCCGAGUGACUCCUCGCUUGCAGUACCUUCCAAUGUUGUCUUGAGUUUAAAUGCUUUUGUGGGGACCGGCACUUCAUGCCCGAGCAAUGAGGGGGCUUAUUUGAAUUUUGUAGGACCCGAGCCUUGCUGGGGCCUUUAUGUUUCUCCUGAACCAGUAGUUUGGAGCUCAUUUCGGGCUACCUCGAAUCCUGGAUGGUCCAUCAGCGUUUAUAAUGUCUCGACUUGCACUGGAACUCCCAUAGUUACUUUCGACCAGGACAGCGUGAAUGAUUGCAUUGCAGUUGGGCAAGAUGGGGGCAUCUAUCUGUCCAUCAUGCCACUAUGGAACUGGGACUAA